AGCGGUGCAUUGUCCGAGCGGAGCCCGUUCUGAUCAUGAGAUCGUACGUACGAGGGCACAGGCCAUGGAUACCAGAGCGCCCAUUGCUUCGCUGGCCACGACCGAUCCCCGGUUGUGGGCGGUGUGGGUGUUACCAUAAAAGCUCGUUUCCUGAUCAGGGUGUCAGUUGCUUCUUUCUGAGGCAAACGAUGGUCAUCGUGUGCUCUCACUCAUCCACCGAAGCGUACCAACAUGAAGUCAAGAUAAUGUUAUUUUCGCUAUGCGUUGGCAUCGCAUCAACAGAUACUUGGCAAUUACUUUAAUAGUGUUACUUGUGGACGUUGAUAAAAUCAAUGGCCGUUCUGGAUUCCAUCAUCGUCGCCUGCUGGGCUUCUCGGCUGACAAGGUAAAAGACGAUAGGCUGAAAGAGAAGCAUAUUCCGGUGGUUUGGCAUCGGCCAUUUCGUCCCACUUGUAUAUGUUCCAAAUGUGCGCAACCGCCUCAGUUCCCCCUUCGAGCCUUGGGAGUUGGUACGCCCGGCGCCCCUAGCAUUCACAGUGAGCAAUUGCUGUCCCGGUCAUUGAACAGAGACAGAUGCCUUGAAGCCGGCAGCACGAUUCGACAUCAUGUUUUGCAGUGGCAUAAGCAAUCUAUUUCCAGAUCACCUUUUUGGCUUGAUCGAGAGUCACUGACAUGUGUCAGGCAAGAUGUAAGGGAAAAAAGAAAUUGGUCGUUGCCACACUGGUCUGUGGACACACAGGGUAGUGUCCAUUCGGGAUUUAGGGGAGCAGAAGCCGGGAUAAAGCUUAACCGCGCGCAUUGACAUGUUCCUCUCCAGAUCCAUCAGCCUCCAAUAUCUGGUGUCAAAACGUCUUCCUGGUGAAGCAAUAGCAAGCACUUGCCUUUCUGUUUGCCGUUUCAGCAGUGAAUGUACA